UAGUCAAAACUAAACCCAACCUCAGACAAGCUUUUGCUCGGCAGACAGGCAUCUUUGGCUGGCCACAGGCUGCGAGCAGUACACACGCAUCCUUAUCAUUGAUCGAGAGCGUACCGACAACCAAUGAUGCAAUUUUGGCGGCUCACACUGCUGGGCUGUGGUGCCACAGCAUUUGUCGCUCCGUACGCGCGCACGACGUCAACGCGACCAGGGGCCACGUUUUUUGACGUCCUAGCAGAGGAGUGCGUGCUCAUAGAUCCCGCGGACGGCACGUGUUGCCGCAACGAAUGCGCCUCUUGCAGCUACCACGACGACGGCGAAUAUGCGUACGAGGAGAGGACCGGCGGCCGCUGGCUGCCGACGCAGGCUGAGACCUCGGUGCCGCCGCGGCUGCAGACCGCGAAAUGGGUCGACGUCGUCUUCGGCGAGGCGACGAACGUGACGCGAGACGGCUUCGAGGCGGCGCUUGACGAGCUACCCGCGGAGGAGAUCGACGUCGCCUGGCGGACUCUCACGUCGGCGCCGAAACUGCUGCGCAGAAACGAGGUGCAGUCGAAGCUCCGAGCAAUUGCGCCCAAUGGCGUAGUCGACGAGGCCGCGUGGGCCGCGGCCGCGGCAGAGACGCGUGCCGCGCCGGUGCUUGACGUGGUCGACUACGAGUCCAUGGAGACGGCGGAGCUCAAGGCGAUUUGCAAGGAUAGGGGCAUCAGGCCGCUGCCGGUGCGGCGCCUCGUCAUCGAGGAUCUGCGCUUCUACGACGCGCACGGCGUCGCCGGCGUCCGACACCCGGCGACGAAGCAGCUGAGCCUACCUAAGAAGAAGAAAUAAGU